AUGUCCAUCACGAUUUCGUUUCAAAACACCAAUAUCCCUUUUAAAUCCCUAAUCAAAAGGCUGUCACUUUCGCCUUUAACCUUCCAAAACUUCCUCCAAUGCCAAGCUAACAACCAUUAUUGGGUAGCUCCCUUCGGAAUGUCACAGUUCUUCCCAGAACAGUUCUCAACAUCCAAGCAGGAAUGGGAAGAAAAAGCUAAACCAAAAGGGGUUGCAACGUCUCCAUUUGUGACUUUCCAAACUGUAAACCAUCAUCUAGAUCUAACGAAAACAGUUCUACACGUUUCGUAUUUACUGGGAGUCGCACAUCCCGACAACCUUGAACGAAGAGAUGCAUUUCGACUUGGACCACUAUAG